UCCAUAAACCCAUUCCUCUCUUCCCAAACCAUCUCUCUCUCUCUCUCUCUCUCUCUCUCUCUCUCUCUCUCUCUCUCUCUCCCUUCAGUUUGAAACUAACACUGCUUGUGUACUGCUAGAAUAGAAGAAAAUGGGAGCACUUGACUAUCUGUCUAACUUUUGCACUGUUACAAGCACAAGAAGCCGAAGCAAACGCAAACCAAUGCAGACUGUAGAUAUCAAGGUGAAAAUGGACUGUGAUGGCUGUGAAAGGAGAGUUAAACAUGCUGUUUCAUCCAUGAAAGGAGUGAAAUCCGUGGAGGUAAGCAGGAAACAAAGCAGGGUGACAGUUUCAGGCUACGUAGAUUCAAAGAAAGUGUUGAAGAGGAUUAAGAGCACAGGAAAGAAAGCAGAACUCUGGCCUUAUGUUCCUUACAACUUGGUGUCUUACCCAUAUGUUGCUCAGGCCUAUGACAAGAAGGCACCUGCCGGAUUUGUCAGGAACGUGGUUCAGGCACUUCCCAGCCCCAAUGCCCCAGAUGAGAAGCUCACGACUCUCUUCAGUGAUGAUAACCCAAAUGCAUGCUCUAUCAUGUAAUUAAGUCUCUGAAGCUUUUUAAUGGUGUAAUGAAAGUGAACUAUCUAUCAUCUUUAGUUAAUACCAGUUUAUAUAUAUAUAUGUCAUUUUUGUUUCUUUU